CAAACUGUUCUUUGGUCACUAUUAAUGCGUAGAUAAGAUUAAUAUUUUGAAUUUAUCUUUAAAAUAGUCUUUUGUUCGACGCAAAAAAUUUUUGUAGUCAUUGCGUGAGUUAGUUAAAUUUGUGUGUUUUUUUUACUUGAUAAAACCACAUCAUAACAAGAAGUCGAGGUAAACAGACGUGUAAUUUUCAAUAUCCGAACAAAUUAACAGUCCGGUUAAGUCUUUUCUACGUGUCUUUACAGUUCGUUUUCCUGCUUUAAUUUGUAAUAAAAUGGAAAAAGUUAAUGGAACUGCAGCUGAUAGUGCAACUGAUGGAAUUGUAGCCGAUGAACUCAUUCCUACUAGCAAGGAAUCUUCGUUAGAAUUGCCAAGUUGGAUAAACAGCGAUUAUUUCAAGGAAAUUCUUGCUUCGGAUGGCAAAAGUGAAUGGAAAUAUAUCAGCCAUGACGUCCGUAUGGCCAACGAAAAGGGGGAGAACUAUGCUUCGGUUUUGUAUCGUGUGAAAGUAAUUGCAGAGAACAAAGAAAAUGUUGCCGAGGAAUUGUCAUACAUCCUGAAAGUAAAUCACACGCUUGAAGAUGGACCAACCAAAGAAGUGAUGGAAAUUUUCAAUGUUUUUACCAAAGAGGUUGAAAUGUAUAAGUCAGUGGUACCAAGCAUUGAACAACUGCUACAUAAAUCUGGAGAUUUUACUCAAAUUUCGCCAAAAUGCAUCAAGACUAGUACAUCCGCACCCGAACAGAUCGUGCUGGAAGACUUAUCGAAGAAAGGCUUCAAAAUGGCCAGUCGUCACGAGGGAUUGAAUUGGGAUCACGUAAAAUUGGUUAUUGAAAGACUGAGCAAAUUCCAUGCAGCGUCUGCAGUACUUCAAGCAAAUAAUGGACCGUACCGUGAUAUUCUACUGCAGGGCAUGUAUAACGAAAAACUGAAGCCGAUGGUGGAGGUCUUUUUCAACAGCAAUUUGACCAUGUUGAAAGAGGGCAUUCAGCAAUUACCUAACGGAACCAGAUAUAUCAAACGAAUGGACAACUACGAAAAUGAAUGCUUUGAAAAAUCCAUAGAAGUCACAAAGUGCAACCCGGACGGUUUCAAUGUUCUUAAUCACGGUGAUCUAUGGACGAACAAUUUAAUGUUUAAGUACGGCGACAACGACAACGUGGAGGAUAUGCUGUUUAUCGAUCUUCAAAUGCCAGUUUGGGGCUCGCCAGCAAUCGAUUUACAUUAUUUUAUCGUUUCAUCAACCGAAAAGAAAUUGAAGACAGCCGAGUUCGACGCUAUUAUUCAGCACUAUCACGAACACUUGGUAAAAACAUUGAAACAGCUCGGGUACAAGGCUCGUAUCCCAACGCUUUUAGAAUUGCAAGUUGAUUUGCUGCAAAGAGGAUUUCUGGGUGUUAUGGCUUCGAUUUCCGUGUUACCAGUAGUUCUGCUGAAGGACUGUGAAGAUGCGGAUAUUAACAAUAUGUUAGAUGAAGGUGACACGGGAAUGAAUUUCAAGAGGAAAUUGUAUUUGAAUCCAGUCUACAUAAAUAUGCUUGACAUGUUGUACGACUAUUAUGAUAAGAAAGGAAUUUUACAAAUUUGAUUGCGCGACGAAAAUUGUAUUAAAAGUUGAGUGUUUAUUGUAGCGGAGAAUAGUUUCUGUAUCUUGGGAUUGUA